CACACACACUGCAACCCUCUGGCACCUCUGGCAGACGCUCCACUCCGCAUCACAGCGCUGUCUGUGGUGCGUGAGCGUGUAAAUUAGUGUGAAGCCCGAGCUUGCAGAGCUUCGACACUGGCCUGAGGGAGAGGAGAGAGGAGGAAGGAGGGAAUGACGGAGCACAGCGGCAGGAAACAGGGACUUAAGAAAGGGAGGAGUGCGACGUUCAGCAUCGAUGGAUUCAGCUUUACUAUCGUGGCUAACGAAGAUGGAGAAAGCAACAGCAGGCCACCGGCAAUGUUUGCACGCUCCAAGUCCCAGAGUGCCCUGUGGAACACCAUCACAUCUGGGUUGGGAUCCAAGGAAAAGGUCAAGGGUCAGAGGAGCAUCGCAGAUGACCCACGUAGCCCAGAGGAGAUCCUGGCUGAGGAGUUUCCUUCUGUAGACAGUCCAGAUGCUACGGAGAAAGCUGCCAUCAGAUUGAGGUGUUUGGUGAAACAGCUGGAGAGAGGUGAAGCAUCCCUGAUUGACUUGAAGAAGAACCUCGAGUAUGCUGCGUCGGUGCUCGAAUCCGUCUACAUCGAAGAAACGAGGCGCCUGGUGGACACAGAGGACGAGCUCAGCGACAUCCAGUCGGAUUCGGUGCCGUCCGAGGUGCGUGACUGGCUGGCCUCCACGUUCACACGUCAGAUGGGGCUGAUGCUGAGACGGACGGAGGAGAAGCCGCGAUUCCGCAGCAUCGUACACGCGGUGCAGGCCGGGAUAUUCGUCGAGAGAAUGUACCGGCGGACCUCCAACAUGGUGGGCUUAAGCUACCCUGCAUCCGUCAUAACUGUGCUCAAGCAUAUAGACAAGUGGACUUUUGACGUUUUCGCUCUGAACGAAUCGAGCGGCGAGCACGCACUGAAAUUUAUCUUCUAUGAACUUCUCACCAGAUACGACCUCAUCAGCCGAUUUAAGAUUCCCAUCUCGGCUCUGGUGUCCUUCGUAGAGGCAUUGGAAGUGGGAUACAGCAAGCAUAAAAACCCGUACCACAAUCUUAUUCACGCCGCGGACGUCACGCAGACUGUACACUACUUAAUGCUCAAGACGGGAAUGGUGCAUUGGAUGACGGAGCUGGAGAUCUUCGCCUUGAUCUUCGCUGCAGCAGUACAUGACUAUGAGCACACGGGAACCACAAACAACUUCCACAUCCAGACCAGGUCUGACACAGCGAUCCUGUACAACGACCGCUCAGUGCUGGAGAGUCAUCACGUCAGCGCAGCGUAUCGCCUCCUGCAGGACGACGACGAGAUGAACAUCCUCUACAACCUGUCCAAAGAUGACUGGAGGGAGUUCAGGGCUCUGGUGGUGGAGAUGGUGUUGGCUACAGACAUGUCGUGUCAUUUCCAACAGGUCAAAGCCAUGAAGAACUUCCUCCAGCAACCAGAGGGAAUUGACAAACCGAAAGGACUUUCUUUGGUCUUACACACUGCUGAUAUCAGCCAUCCUGCCAAAAAUUGGGACCUCCAUCACCGCUGGACCAGCUCGUUGCUGGAGGAGUUCUUCAGACAGGGUGAUAAAGAGGCAGACCUGGGGUUGCCCUUCUCCCCGCUGUGUGACCGCAAGUCCACCAUGGUGGCUCAGUCUCAAAUUGGGUUCAUCGACUUCAUCGUUGUCCCCACGUUCACGGUCCUCACGGACAUGACGGAGAAGAUCGUCACGCCGCUCAUUGACGAGGCAGCACACUCCAGCCUGGCCGGCUUCCGCAGGUCCAGUCUCAGCAGCCUUACAGGAGAAAGCAAGCAGUCGAACAGCCCGGCCUCGGAGAGCAGCGCUUCUCACAACUGUUCGAUCUUGGCUGUAGACCCGAAGAACUUCAAGGCCAUUUGGAAUGAGCAAGUUCACCAGAACCGUGAGAGGUGGAAGGCUCGCGCUGCCAAAGAAAUCGAGGAGAAGGCCAAACGCGAGGCUGAGGAGAAGGCUCAGCUGGAAGCAGGCCAGGACGGACAAACAGAGGCAGGGACGGACCAGUCAGUACCAAAGAGUGAAAGAGCAGGACACGAGCCAGGACCUGGAGGGACAACAAGUGGUCCAAGCAAAGCUGAAAAUGCAGAGAACGCACCAAGCAUGGAGGGGAGCAAACAGCUACAUAACGGUGAGGUGUCAGAGGAUGUGGCAUCACCAGGAAGUGAUGAUGGCGAAGACAAAGCGCUCGGAGAAACUGAAAAGGACUAACAUGGAUGCUGAAUGGAGUGUGACUAUGUUGUUUAGACCUGUUCAUUUGUGUGUGUGUGUGUGUGUGUGUGUGUGUGUGUGUGUGUGAGAGAGAGAGAGAGAGAGAGAGAGAGAGAGAGAGAAAGAUCGUGUGUUUUGAAGCUCCACAGCACCCUCUGCUGGAUACACUUGUGCUUUCCCUUUUUUUUUUUUGCUCCCUCUGCUUCUUUCAUCCAAAAUUUUUUUGAUUGAGAUUGAGAUUGUGGCUCGUCUUAGGGGGGGGAGAUUAGCUCAUGUCCUAGAUUCCUGUCUGCCAAUCUCGAUGCCUGGACUGGUUAAUAGGAAAAAGACAAAACAAAAAAACACCUGCUGUCACAUUCACUGGAAUUUCAUUUCUUGUCUGUUGUUUUCUGUGGAAAAUAUAGAGUGCCUUCCUCUAAUAGCACUUUCUCCACUUCUGCUUUCUUUAGUCCGUUCCUCCUUCCUUCUUUCCUUUUUUUGCCCGUGUCAGCGAAUUUGCUCAUCUUUUCCUACGACAAGCAGUAGCUGACUCAGGCCAUUUCUGCUCCUCUGCCUUCGCUCGAAGCCGUUAUAAACGUUAUUUAUUCGACGCUUCCUGAGUGCUCAGCAAACUCAUCCGCCAAAACAGCGGUUUUUUUUUUUGCUUUUCAAUUUGCCAGCUGUUUAUGUUGCACCACAUUACGCGAGGAAGUCAACUAGAGAGACAUAAUGCAUGUCAGAUAAAGUUGUU